AAGUGGGGCCAAACAUCCGGGUUUCUCCCUUCGGCGUCCCGGCGGAUCCCCACCUUGCCCGGGCGGUCGCCCCUCUGAACCUCUCCCUCCCUCGGACCCGGGUCGCACGCUCUUCCCACGCGCGCGUGCUCCAGCGACGGGAAGCCUCGAGGGACAUGGCGACUCCGGCGGCGCCGGCCAGCGGCGUCCGAAAUGGUGCUGGCCCGGAAUGGGGAGGCUUCGAAGAAAACAUCCAGGGUGGGGGUUCGGCUGUGAUUGAUAUGGAGAACAUGGACGAUACCUCAGGCUCCAGCUUCGAGGACAUGGGUGAGCUGCACCAGCGCCUGCGGGAGGAAGAAGUAGAUGCUGAUGCAGCUGCUGCAGAAGAAGAGGAUGGGGAGUUUCUUGGCAUGAAAGGCUUUAAAGGACAACUGAGCCGGCAGGUAGCAGAUCAGAUGUGGCAGGCAGGGAAGAGACAGGCUUCCAGGGCCUUCAGCUUGUAUGCCAACAUUGACAUCCUCAGACCCUACUUUGAUGUGGAGCCUGCCCAGGUCCGAAGCAGGCUCCUGGAGUCCAUGAUCCCUAUCAAGAUGGUCAACUUCCCCCAGAAAGUCGCGGGCGAGCUCUACGGACCGCUCAUGCUGGUCUUCACACUGGUGGCCAUCCUCCUGCAUGGAAUGAAGACUUCUGACACCAUUAUCCGGGAGGGCACCCUCAUGGGCACAGCCAUAGGCACCUGCUUUGGAUACUGGCUGGGUGUCUCGUCCUUCAUUUAUUUCCUUGCCUACCUGUGUAACGCCCAGAUCACCAUGCUACAGAUGUUGGCACUGCUGGGCUACGGCCUCUUCGGGCACUGCAUAGUCCUGUUCAUCACCUAUAACAUCCACCUUCAUGCCCUCUUCUACCUCUUCUGGCUGCUGGUGGGUGGGCUCUCUACCCUGCGCAUGGGCCUUCUGAACUGUCUACCUGUGGCCCUAGGUGGCAGUGUUGGUGUCGCGGACUGUGGGCCCUACUCAGCGGCUGCUGCUCUGUGGCACGCUGGCUGCCCUGCACAUGCUCUUCCUGCUCUAUCUGCACUUCGCCUACCACAAAGUGGUGGAGGGGAUCCUGGACACCCUGGAGGGCCCCAACAUCCCACCCAUGCAGAGGGUCCCCAGAGACAUCCCCGCUGUGCUCCCUGCUGCCAGGCUGCCCGUCGCUGUGAUCAAUGCUACCGCCAAGGCAAUAGCAGUGACUCUGCAGUCACAUUGACCCUCUCUGAAAUCCUCGGCCUGCCCUGACCCCCAGCUCCGGGGCAGAGGAAGAUUAAAGGACAGUACUGAGGAUGUGUGUGCCCAGGUCUGCAGCCACCAGGCUGUGGCUGCCUAAACACCUGCUGGGCACCAGGCUUGGCUUCUGAAGGGCACAAGACCAGGAACUCACAGCUAGGACUGCAAGUCUCUGCAGCCAAGUGCAGAAUAUGGGUCAGCUCUUCUGAGGCCCUCACCCCCUUUCUCUCUACUCCCCUUCUGUCCUAAAUAUAGACUUGGUAAUUAAAAUACUGAUUGAAGUCUAGACCUGUAGCUCCUGUUGGCAGCCAUCCUCCUGCCACCCGUUCUGAUGCCCAUUACUGCCCCACAGAGCAGUGGGUAGGCAGCCCACAGUCCUCAUGUAUAAUGCUAGGCUGGCUGUCCUUUUGAGAGGCCAGGGCAACAAUGACAAAUUUCCACUUACAUCAUUACAAAGACCCCUGUGCUAUCAUGAGAGAAUGUCCCCAUCAGCUGACAUUUGAAGCUAAGCAUGGUCUAAGUGUUAGUGACCAGCACCCUUUAACCUCCACGGAAGGAAAUCCAGGCCAAGUGUACAUUGCUUUUCAUCGCAGCAGGUGCACAGGAACAUGGAUCUUCAAGGCCAACCCAGUCAACAGAGUUCCAAACCACUUAGGGCCAUACAGUUCUUUGAGGGGACUAGACCAGUUCCCAGCACCCAUGCUGGAUGGUUCACAGUUGCUUUUAGCUCCAGCUCCUCCAAGGACCUCAGGGUGCCUGCACUCACUGCACAGGCACAAGCAUUAACAUAAUUAAAAAUAAAACCUGCUGGAUGGUU